AUGCCUCCAACUUCUCGCCAAAUCAAGCUGCGAGCAUCGUGCGACUCCUGCAACGAGGCGAGGGUUCGCUGCUCUCAAACGCGCCCCAUAUGUGAGCGCUGUUUGAAGAACGAUAUCGAGUGUAUCUAUGGCGUUUCUCAACGAGCCGGGAGAAAUCGUUCAUCCAACCCGAAUCGAGGCCUGGAUGUACGGAACCAACCUGCCUGGGGUCCACUGAACAACUCUCAUUUCUUAGCGCAUCAACCUCCGGCAGGAGGAAUAUUUGAUGAUUUCCUCCCGAAUUCCUUUCCCCUGCUCGACGACCUGGCUACUGGACCGCCGAAACAUGGAUUCCCAGAAGCUAACAUGUUUGCCGAAAUGUUCGCCGCCAUCUCUCCCUCACCCACACCGAAUGCAAGUGAGAUUCCCGCCAUGGAUGGCCUGGAGAACAGUCUGACAGAUGCAACGUGCACUUGUGUCUCCACUGUCUUUUCAUUUUUCUCUUCGAAUCCUAUACUUACACGGACUCAUCCUGCUCCCAUCGACGUAUGCCUCGUCCAGGGGCGAGAGUCGAUCAAUAUCUGCGAGCGUAUGUUGAACUGUGUCAGCUCGUCUCGCCACCACUACAGCUCCCUCAUUACCGUGGCCCUUCUGAUUGAUCGAGUCGUGGCCAUAUACGAUAGAGCAAGGCAACAUUAUUACCAGACCCUCCUGGUUCCGCCAUGCACUGCGGUGUCGACCAGCUCUUUGUCAGGGGUGCCUCGUUCGCCACAGUCGUCGCGAAAUUCCAGAUCCCCUUCCCUGGCAGGAAAUAUGCCAGCAUCGCUGGUGGACAUAUCCGCCCAGGACCUAUCACUAUGCCUCGGGGGACAGUCCCGCGGGUCUGCAUUCAUUGGACAGUACCAACUGGACGAAGAUGACGAUGUGAAGCUGACCUUUGAAGUCGUGUUUCGCCAUCUCUCCAGGAUAGAGAAUCUCAUUAGAUCCUUCAGAAACGGCAUAUCGGGGGAAGAGCAUAUGAAGUCGUCCGCCAUCGAAGGCAUCUCAUCAUCGCCUACGGAAGAUCAAGAAUUGGGGUAUGAUCGUCAGGUGUCCGUGUGUCUGGGGUUGGCAGACCUGAUCGAACGACAAUUAAACGUCGCGCGUAGUGGGUGGGAAUCAAUUUGCAAAGAAUGGGAACCUUAUCAAUCAAAUCGCAGAUAA